AUGUCUUCUCCCCAGCUCAACAAGAUCGCGGCGAACUCGCCCUCCCGCCAGAACCCCUCUGAGCUCGAGACCAGCAUCGCUGGUGCCCUCUACGACCUCGAGACCGGCACCGCCGACCUGAAGGCUGCCCUCCGACCUCUGCAGUUCGUCUCUGCCAAGGAGAUCGAGGUUGGUCACGGCAAGAAGGCUAUUGUCAUCUUUGUCCCCGUCCCUCUCCUGCAGGGCUUCCACCGUGUCCAGCAGCGCCUCACCCGUGAGCUGGAGAAGAAGUUCUCCGACCGCCACGUCCUGGUCCUCGCCUCGCGCCGCAUCCUGCCCCGCCCCAAGCGAUCCACCCGCUCGCGCAACACCCAGAAGCAGAAGCGUCCCCGCUCCCGCACUCUGACCGCCGUCCACGACGCCAUCCUGACCGACCUCGUCUACCCCGUCGAGAUCGUCGGCAAGCGCCUCCGCACCAAGGAGGACGGCGCCAAGACCCUCAAGGUCAUCCUCGACGAGAAGCGCGGUGGCGUCGACUACCGCCUGGACACCUACUCCGAGGUCUACCGCAAGCUGACCGGCCGCGGUGUCACCUUCGAGUUCCCCCAGUCCACCGGCACCGAGUACUAG